CCGACAGUGCGCGGGGCUGGAGCGCGGUCGGAGCGCACGGUGGCGGUGGCGGCGGCGGCGAAAGACUGAAGGAUCGCUGGCGGACGGCGGACCCAUACACCUAGGAGCUUAGGAGCCGGCGGCUGUGCCGCACGUGCCGCCUGGCUUGAGGGGUGGCCACCUAGCCAUGUCACCUAGUACCUGCUGAACUAGGAGUGCUUGAGGAUGUCCGCGCUGAGGAAGGCUUUCCUGCCGCCCGAGGCUCAGCCGUAGCACUGCGCAUCCCAUUCCAACGGUGACUCCCUCUGCUGCACCCAGCCCAGCACCAUGGGGACGGCUCAGGUUCUGCCCGGCAUUCUGCAGAAGCAUUGCUGUGUGCUACCAGACAGGAACACAGAGUCGCAGUGCACCCUCUGCGGGGAGCCGGAAGAGGAAGAAGGAGGAGACCUGGUCCAGCCGGGCCUCAGCUUCCCGGGGCCAGCGGAGGAAGACCUAGACCAGCAGUACUCAUGGUCCCCGACGCAGCACUUCAAUGAAGAACGGUACUCCCCGGCUCCCAGGAACAUGAAAGGGUUGUCUGGAAGCCGGAACCCGCCGCCGCUAUGUGCAGGCCACACCUGUGGCGUGGCGCCCCCUGCCGACUGCGAGCACCCGCUGGACCACCUCCGCCACGGGCAGGACACGCGGCAGCCCUACCUGCUCAGCCCGGCGGAGAGCUGCCCCAUGGACCACCACCGCUGCUCCCCGCGGAGCUCCGUGCACUCCGAGUGCAUGAUGAUGCCCGUGGUGCUGGGCGACCACGUGUCCAGCAGCACCUUUCCCAGGAUGCACUACAGCUCCCACUACGACACCAGGGACGACUGCGCCAUGCCCCACAUGGGCGCCAAGAUCAACCGCAUCCCCGCCAACCUCCUGGACCAGUUCGAGAAGCAGCUGCCCCUGCACAGGGACGGGUUCCACACGCUGCAGUACCAGAGGGCCUCGACGGCCGCGGAGCAGCGCAGCGAGAGCCCGGGCCGGAUCCGGCACCUGGUGCACUCGGUGCAGAAGCUCUUCACCAAGUCGCACUCCCUGGAGGGCUCUUCCAAGAACAAAGCGGACGGCACCAAGGGCGACGGCCGGGCCGACGAGCACCACCACGGCCACCACGCCCGGCACGGCAAGCGGAGCCGCAGCAGGGAGCGGAAGCCCGAGGCCAAGCACAAGUCGGGCUCCAGCAGCUGGUGGAGCUCGGACGACAACCUGGACAGCGACAGCACGCACCGGGCGCCGAGCGUGGUGAGCAGGCACCACCUGGACCCCUUCCCCCACUGCUACCCCGAGGCCCUGCAGAGCCCCUUCGGGGACCUCUCGCUGAAGACGUCCAAGAGCAACAACGACGUCAAGUGCUCGGCCUGCGAGGGCUUGGCCCUGACGCCGGACGCCAAGUACAUGAAGCGGAGCUCCUGGUCCACGCUCACCGUGAGCCAGGCCAAGGAGGCCUACCGCAAGAGCUCCCUGAACCUGGACAAGCCGCUGGUGCACCAGGACAUCAAGCCGCCCCCGCGGCAGUGCCACUACCUCCAGGUGCCUCAGGACGAGUGGGGAGGCUACCCGUCCAGCGGCAAGGAGGAGGAGAUCCCCUGCCGCAGGAUGAGGAGCGGCAGCUACAUCAAAGCCAUGGGAGAUGAGGACAGCGGAGAGUCGGACUCCAGCCCCAAAACGUCCCCGACGGUGGCCCUGCGACCAGAGCCGCUGCUGAAGUCCCUCGGACAGAGACCGCUUGGAGACCACCAAACCCAGAGCUACCUGCAAGCUGCAAGUGAGGUGCCUGUCGGUCACAGCCUGGACCCCUCUGCCAACUACAACUCCCCGAAAUUCCGCUCAAGGAACCAGAGCUACAUGCGGGCCGUGAGCACCCUGAGCCAGGCCAGCUGCGUGAGCCAGAUGAGUGAAGCAGAGAUCAAUGGGCAGUUCGAGUCGGUGUGUGAAUCCGUCUUUAGUGAAGUUGAAUCUCAGGCCAUGGAUGCCCUCGACCUGCCCGGAUGUUUCCGAACAAGGAGUCACAGUUACCUUCGAGCCAUCCAAGCUGGUUACUCCCAGGAUGAUGAAUGUGUCCCCGGGACAACGCCCUCCAACAUGACAUCCACCAUCAGGUCAACAACAGCGGUCUCCUACACAAAUUACAAGAAGACACCCCCUCCGGUGCCUCCUCGGACCACCUCCAAGCCCCUGAUCUCGGUGACAGCCCAGAGCAGCACUGAGUCUACCCAAGACGCCUACCAGGACAGCCGUGCCCAGAGGAUGUCUCCAUGGCCCCAGGAUGGCCCCAGCCUCUACAACUCCACGGACAGUUUGGACAGCAACAAGGCCAUGAGUCUAGCCCUAGAAACGGCCGCGGCCCAGCGCCAGGCCGACGGCCAGGGCAGCUCUGUGCGGACCAGCGACAAGGCCAUCCUGGUGUCCAAGGCUGAGGAGCUGCUCAAGAGCCGCUGCUCCUCCAUCGGGGUCCAGGAUUCUGAAUUCCCAGAGCAUCAUCCAUACCCAAGGUCAGAUGUGGAAACGGCUACGGAUUCGGACACGGAGAGCCGAGGCCUGCGGGAGUACCACUCUGUUGGAGUGCAAGUAGAAGACGAAAAACGGCACGGGCGCUUCAAGCGCUCUAACAGCGUCACGGCUGCUGUCCAGGCCGACUUGGAGCUGGAGGGCUUCCCGGGACACAUCACCAUGGAGGACAAGGGCCUCCAGUUCGGCUCGUCCUUCCAGCGGCACUCGGAGCCCAGCACCCCGACGCAGUACGGGGCGGUGCGGACUGUGCGGACGCAGGGCCUCUUCAGCUACAGGGAGGACUACAGGACCCAGGUGGACACCUCCAGCCUGCCCCCGCCUGACCCGUGGCUGGAGCCCUCCCUGGAGGCCACGGACACUGGAAGGGUGUCCCCGUGCCGCAGGGACGGCUCCUGGUUUUUGAAACUGCUGCACACGGAGACAAAGAGGAUGGAAGGCUGGUGCAAGGAGAUGGAGGGGGAAGCGGAGGAGAACGACCUCAGCGAGGACACUCUCGGGAAGAUCAGGAGUGCCGUGGGGAGUGCCCAGCUGCUCAUGUCGCAGAAGUUCCAGCAGUUCUAUUGGCUGUGCCAGCAGAACAUGGACCCCAGUGCCAUGCCGAGGCCCACCUCCCAGGACCUGGCCGGCUACUGGGACAUGCUGCAGCUGUCCAUCGAGGACGUCAGCAUGAAGUUCGAUGAGCUCCAGCAGCUGAAGCUCAACGACUGGAAGGUGGCAGAGUCGCCAGAGAGAAAGGAGGAAAGAAAAGUCCCCCCUCCAAUACCAAAGAAGCCCCCCAAAGGGAAAUUCCCCAUCACGAGAGAAAAGUCCCUGGACCUGCCCGACAGACAACGCCAGGAAGCCCGGAGGCGGCUCCUGGCGGCCAAGAGAGCGGCCUCCUUCCGACAGAACUCCGCCACGGAGCGCGCCGACAGCAUCGAGAUCUACAUCCCCGAGGCCCAGACCCGGCUCUGAGGAGGGGCAGCCCCCUCGGCUGCUCCCCUGGACAAAAUGCUUGUACAGUCUCUGCCGACCGACCGGGUAGUUGUCUCAUCCCUCCACCGAGUACCCCCUUGCUGUUGUGUCCUUGGUACCACAGACACGGUGAACGCUUCCCCUGUCCUCGGUUUGCUGAGCUCUGGCAAGAAUGACCUUUGCACCUGAUGGGCUGGCUCCCAGCUCUGAUGCUCGGCCUGGCGAGGCCUGGCUCCCUCUGGCCCUCAGAGGACAUGCCUCUCGAGACGGAACCCAGCUUACACUUUGUUACUUAUAUUUUUAUAAAUCGUGUGAUGACUAGGUAAGGACAACAAUGACUACAAAUGGGUAUCUCACCACUCACGAGAGGCUGUAGACACCCGUGGAAGGUGCUACAACACCAAGCGCAGGAAAGAGACCCAUUUCCCUCGCCGACCUCAGGUCACUCCCCCGAGCCCAGCUGACCUCGCCCUCACUGCCACCCCGUCCUGCUGCCACGGGCAGAAGCAUAGGUUCCCCGUGUGGGUCCUUGGUGAUGGGAAGGGGUCCCUCCAACCCCCAAGCUCCCCACCCUGUGUUCUCCAAAGCCCAGGAGGUUCCGAGUCUGAACUCUAGAAACGCCCGGCUCAGCACCUACACAUUAAAAACUAAGCCCGACAUCCCUCCCCGAGGCUGUGAGGUACAGGCAGGGACGGAGCUCAGAGAAGGCCCGAGGGAGGCAAGAAGAAGCGCCCGCUUCCGGAGACGUCAUGGCAUCUUUAUUCCUUUGUGUCGCAAAACUCAGAGCACCCUCUUCACGUCACCACUGACACCACAAGUGAUUUCUUUUACCUGUGUAGAUCAUUCUCAGAUUGCUCUCUCAGUUGACUUUUCCAGGGUGUCCUUAAAACAAAAACAAAGUUUGCUUGUUUAAAAUGACAGUUGUGAUGUUGUGAAAAGUAUAGGGGUAUGAAUGUGGGUGGUAAGUAUAUCGCAGUUUAACUGGUAAAGAAGAAAUGUAGUUGACACUUGUAUCCUUCCAGAACUCUCUUGUCCUAUGCAGUAUACUUCUUGCCUGUGGUAGACAUGAAGAGGGAAAGGGUCAUGUGUGGUGAUGUCCCGCUGUGGAAUUUAAGAGAUGGAAUUAGCUGGCAGGACUCUGAUGGGCACCAGAGUGUAGCAGCAACUCUGGUCAGUGGGCCUCCGUGUGCAGCUAAAUGCAGAUACAGUGGUGGCCGCUGUCGCUAAUGGCCUUCUGAAUCCACUCGGGCGCUGUAAGUGAAGACCCAUCAGAGUCCCCACUGGACCCCGACCUCAGAGCUCUCGCACUCCUCCGGGCUGCAGGCAGGAUGGCCACCUAAGACGUCUCCACCCGAGCGCCCGGUCUCCUGCUCGCUGCUGUGGGGGGCACCGUGCUCAGCCAUAGAGGGAGCGCUGUGGAGGCCCCCUAGCACUUUGUUUUCCCCUGACUCGCACUUUAGAGCCUGACCCUGGUGUCGCUGCGUGAGGCGGCCACACGGGCGGGGCUUCUGGAAGACUGCACUGUCCUCUUCCUGGUAGUCCACAUUCCACUACGCAUGGGGUUCCCUGGGCGCAGCUGAUAUCAAAGCAUGUUGAGCUGCAGAGUUUUGCUUUUUUAAAGCUGAGUAGUUAAGAAUUCCCUGUAAGAACAAAACCCUGUAAGGUGAGCCUCAGAUCUGGUAUAUGUUUUACCAAACAGCCUUAAAAUAUAUUUGGAAGCAAAAAUCAGUACGAAUGUAUAUCCUUGAAAAAUGCAAAAAAAAAAAAUUCCCUGAAAUAUUCUUCUAUAACUGAAUCCUAUUUCCCCAGUGUUCAAAGCGUUUUCUACCUAAAUAAAUACCUAAAUCCUGAACAGUGUACAAUAA